CGGCAAAUAUCCACUGCCCUUGAAGACCCCGUGAUGUCCGCAGAAGCAACUGUGUCGUCCGACGAUGCGUUCCCAGCGACUCCCGAAGCAACUUCCGCAGAAGCAGGUCUUUUCAGCAGACUGCCAGUUGAUUUGCUCGCCAACAUCGCUCAACAUCUUUCGCCCAACAGCGCAGCCUCUAUCGCGCUCACAUGCCGGGACCUGUACUCGGACAAACACCUGCGACGAAAGUGGUAUCCCGCUUUGUGUGUUGGCAAGACACCCAGCGAUAGCGCAGUCGGCUGGAUUCAAGCUAGAGUGAAACGCGUUGGCUUUUUGAAACUGUUAUGGAGAGACCUACCGGAUCAUAUACUGUGCGGCUGGUGUCGUACGCUUCACUCGAAGGACGAGAACGCUUACGAAUGGCCAAAUCGCGGUAAAUGCCCGAAAGCACAAGAAUACCAAGAGCUCGGUUUGGCAAUUGUCCCGGGAAGACACUUGCCGCCCUGGUACUUAGAGAUGAUCAUGGAUUGCGAUGGAGAGGAGGCUUCUCAUGGCGGGAACCUGGAACCGAUCACGCUGGAUACAGAUUGGAAACUUUGCCACGACCUCCCAUCUUGUGCUAAUGCUUGGCUGUCGAAGUCCAGCAUCGAACCGAGAGUCGUUAAAGAUAGUUUGAUGAUACAUGCCUGUCAACGCCUUCUAUUCACCUCAAGAUAUGUCUCUCGCUUGGAGUGUGUGGCUCAAAUUGGUUUGGUCAUUGACCAGCGCCCAGACACCGAACUAUACAUCUGUGAACACGCCUCAAGUCACCGUCUUGUAACCGUGUUGGAGAUGAUCGCCGAAUUCGAGCUCUCACCAGACCAGGAACCCGUUCAGAGAUCCUUUGUGACGGAUUGCGACGACUGUGAGGGGGUCGAGUUGAUAUGGACAGUGUGCAGACACUCAAAUGGAGCCCUGGAGAUCAUUCUGGACACUUGGCGCAACUUGGGUUAUUGUUCAGCGAGCACACUGUGGGAAGAAUUCCGUGGUGAAGUUGAUAUGGCUUACUUGAGAUUUGUGCAGGCCUUUGGUUCACGAAGGCUGUGCGACCUCGGUCUCGUCAGCGAGAAUACAACCGGCUGGGUUUGCGGAAGCAGUGUGAGUGAUCUGUCGACCGUUUCACUACUCACAGCAAGUUAGGUGCUCCCAUAAGCCAUCAGACAUGUUGUAUUAUCAGAACCAUCAGGCCAUCUGAUCUCGGUGUAUUCGCAAAGGCAUAGACGCACAUCAUCGAAAGAAGAGAGCGAGC